CGUCCUACCUUCACCGAAGACGACACACAGACUCACAUUCCAGUCCACAAGAAACCCGUGACUCAGUCAGAAAGAGAGCCCGUGAACCCAAUUUUCUAAUUUUACUGUUUGUUUUUCCCCUAAUAUCUGUAUUCAACCACUGUUGGUUAAAUCCUACCAUCAAAUUCUAAUCCAUUAUAUCCCAAUUCCAUAUCCAAAUCAAAUCACCCGACAUCACCCAUACUCCACUACUCUAUAUAUAUAUUAUGACACUCUCAAUCAUUCAUCACAGAAAACCCACAAAACCCAUUUUCAAUUUCUUAUCAAAAAAAUCAUCUACCUUACUUCUCAUCACCAUGUCCACUCUCUUCUUCCUUUCCCUCCUCUCUCUCAUCCUCUUCUUCUCUCUCUCCUCUGCCUCUCGCCACCACCACCACUCUUCCCCCACCGCCAAACCCACACCCACAUCCACACCCAGUUCUUUGAUUCAACAAGUCUGUAAAGCCACUCGCUUCCCCGAUCAAUGCGUGAGCUCCUUAUCCCAAUCUAAACAACUCCCUGCAGAUCCAACCCCUCUCCAGCUCCUCUACUCAUCGAUCUCUGUCUCCUCUGAUAAUCUCCGUACAGCCCAAUCCAUGGUCAAGUCCAUCCUAGCCUCCUCCUCAGGGAGCGUAAACCGCACAACCGCCGCGACCAACUGUCUUGAAGUUCUCGACAAUGCACAGUACCGGAUCUCUAUCACCACCAAUGACGCCCUUCCACAAGGCAACCUCAAGAACGCUAGGGCUUGGAUGAGCUCUUCUCUUCUCUCCCAGUACGAUUGCUGGUCAGCUCUCAAGUACGCAAACGACACGAGCUUGACGAACGAGACGAUGUCGUUUUUGGACUCGUUAACCCACUUGACGAGCAACGCGCUGAGCCUGUUGUUUUCGUACGAUAAUUUCGGAAACGACACCGCUUCGUGGGUUCCAGCGAGGACCGAGCGUGAUGGGUUUUGGGAGCCUGUGGGGAAGUCCGGUGGCGGGUUUAAAGGUGGGGUUCCGACGGACUUGAAGGCGGACGUAACGGUGAGUAAGGACGGAAGUGGGUCUUAUAAGACGGUGCAGGAGGCGGUGAACGCAGCGCCGGAGAACGGUGGUGGGAAGAGGUUUGUGAUAAGAAUAAAGGCAGGGGUGUAUGAAGAGACGGUGAGAAUUCCGUUGGCGAAGAAGAAUGUCGUGUUUUUGGGAGAUGGGAUUGGUAAAACGGUCAUUACUGGGUCUUUGAAUGUGGGCCAGCCUGGGAUUUCUACCUACAAUACGGCUACAGUUGCUGUUCUUGGCGAUGGAUUCAUGGCUAGUGGUCUCACAAUCCAGAACACAGCCGGUCCUGAUGCCCACCAAGCAGUAGCCUUCAGAUCAGGCAGUGAUUUAUCUGUCAUCGAAAACUGUGAAUUCCUGGGCAAUCAGGAUACUCUUUAUGCUCAGUCACUACGCCAAUUCUACAAAUCAUGCCGGAUUCAAGGCAAUGUGGAUUUUAUUUUUGGAAACUCGGCAUCUUUUUUCCAAGACUGCGAGAUCUUAGUUGCUCCUCGGCAAAUUAAACCAGAAAAAGGCGAGACUAAUGCCAUCACUGCACAUGGCAGAACAGAUCCUGGCCAGUCAACAGGUUUUGUUUUUCAAAAUUGUUUGAUUAAUGGCACCGAGGAAUAUUUGAAAUUGUACAAUAGCAAUCCCAAAGUACACAAGAAUUUCUUGGGGAGGCCAUGGAAGGAGUACUCCAGGACAGUUUUCAUACAGUGCAACUUAGAAGCUCUUGUUUCACCACUAGGUUGGCUGCCAUGGAGUGGCGAUUUUGCGUUGAAAACGCUUUAUUAUGGGGAAUCUGGGAAUUCCGGAUCAGGUUCAACUGCGUCCAAGAGGGUAACUUGGAGUAGUCAGAUCCCUGCACAACACAUUGACACAUAUUCAGUUGAGAAUUUCAUUCAAGGAAAUCAGUGGAUUCCACUAUCCAAAUAAUUACCUAGUCUUUUUUUUUUUUGGUUAAGAUUAGCUAGUAAUGAGUCAUAAGAGAGACUUUAGAGCUUGUUUUAUUUAAACAUGAAACCUUAUAUUAUAAUUUAUAAUGUCAAGUGAUAAAUUUGUUUCAAUGAAA